AUGGAUGGUGUUUUUUCUGAUCAGAGUUCAACUUCUGAUAGAGUGUUUUUACCUCAAUGUGAUGAUGAGUUUAAACCUAUUGUUGGGAAUAAUUUUUGUUCAUUAGACGAUGGUGAAAAGUUUUAUAUGGCUUAUGCUAAGCGUUGUGGGUUUAAGGCGCGUCUUGGUCCCGUUAAGCGUAAGAAAUCUGGGGUGAUUAUUUCUAGACUUAUUUUUUGUAGUCGGGAAGGGUUGAGUAAAUCCUCUGGUGGUGGAAAGAUUAGAUCUAGGAUGAGUACAAGAGUAGAUUGCAAAGCUCGUAUUAUUCUUCGUGUUGAUCAUGGUGGUUCUUACACUAUUGUGGAUUUUAUUGAGGCUCAUAGUCAUGGAUUUGUUUCAGAUAAUCUUCAACAUUUUAUGUUGUCUAAUCGUAAGUUGGAUCAUGGGCAUAAGAAGUUUGUAAUGAACUGUGUUAUAACCAAUAUUGGUCCUGUUAAAUCAUUCUAUUUGUUUAAGAAAUUGGUUAGGGGUUAUGAUAAAGUUGGAUGUACAACGGUGGAUUUUAAGAAUUUUGCACGUGAUUUGCGUGCAUAUGUUCUUGGUUCUGAUGCUCAGAUUCUAUUGAAUAAUUUGUUCAAUAAGCGUGAAAUUUGUAGCGAUUUUCGAUUUGAAUAUGCAGUUGAUAGUUCUGAUAAACUUACAAGGUUGUUUUGGGCUGAUCAUUUAUCAAUUCAGAAAUAUGAUGCUUUUGGUGAAUCUGUAUCAUUUGAUGCGACAUACUCAACUAACAGAUAUAAUCUUAUAUUUGUGCCAUUCACUGGUAAAGAUAAUCAUGGAAGGUGUGUGACCUUUGGUGCUGGUCUAAUUUCUCAUGAGGAUGAGGAAUCAUAUUCAUGGGUUCUUGAGAAAUUUGUUGAAUGCAUGAGGAGAAGACCAAUGAUGAUUAUUACAGAUCAAGAUCCAGCUUUAAAAAAAUCUGUUGAACGUAUUUUAUAUGAUACGCGUCAUCGAUUUUGCAUGUGGCAUAUCAUGGUUAAAGUUAUGGAUAAUGUUCCACAUCGACUUAAGACCGAUUUACAGUUUAAAAAGGAUUUUGAUCGUCUUGCAUGGUCUGAGUUUACUGAGCCUUUGAGUUUUGAACGAAGAUGGAAUGAUUUAAUGGAGAAGUAUGGUUUGGUUGGUGAUAAAUGGUUUGAUUCUAUGUUUGCUCAGCGUAGUUAUUGGAUUCCUUCAUUUUUUAGAAAUUGUCAUAUGAGUGGCUUAUUUAAGACAACGUCUAUGUCUGAGAGUCAGAAUAGUUUUUUCCGUAGCUAUUUUAAUAGAGGUGCAAAUCUGAUUGAAUUCUUUAUUCAUUUUGAGCGUGCAAUUGAAGCUCAAAGAAAUCAGUGUGAUCGUCUCAAUAGUGUUGAUGUUUCUUGUUUCUCAAAGUUGGUGACAGAUCUGGCAAUUGAAAGGCAUGCAGCAACUGUUUAUACUAGUGGGAUGUUUGUUGAGGUUCAAAAGCAGAUUGUUUCAGCUAGUUUCAGUUGCUGCAUAUUGGAGAUUAGGACUGGUGUCUGCGAGAAUGUUUAUGUAGUUGAAAAUGGUGAAAGUGGUAAAUUUAGUGUCACUUAUAAUUUGGCUGACUAUAGUUGCAAUUGUGAUUGCAAGUACUUUGUGAGGUGUGGUUGGCUUUGUUCGCAUGUAUUUUGUGUGUUGAAGAAUGUUAAGAUUCAGAGGAUUCCUGAUCAAUAUAUAUUAAAGCGUUGGACAAAAGGAAUUUGCGUUGGUGGAAGUACACAUUCUGGUGGGACAGAUACUCUCUCUCAGUUAUAUUCUUUAGCUUAUAGUUGUAUAGGUUUGGUUCAAGGUGAUUCUGUAAAGAUGGAGAAGUUAUUUCAAACUUUGAAAGGUGUGCAUGAUUCUUUGUCUGUGAAUAGUUCUAGCAGUUCAAAUGCUGAUCUUUUUAAUGAGUUUUAUGGUGGUGCACCUCCUGAAGUAAUUGAUGUUCACCCACCUGAUAUUGUGAAGACAAAAGGUAGUGGAAGUCGUUUGAAGUCGAGGAUUGAGAAGGCUUUAAGGGAUAAGAAUAAACCAAAACGAAGAUGUGGUAAUUGCAAAGAAAUGGUGAACCAUGAUGCUCGUAAUUGUGAUCAAGAACCUGCUGUUAAAUAG